AUGUCUCCAGCCGAAGAUGGUAUCAAGCUGGGAGAUCGAUCUCCAAAUCGAGUCGACUCGAAUCCAGAUAGUCCUGUGACACUCAACGACAAGACACAGGCAGACGCAGCAGUCGACCCGACGUCCGACGAAAAUGCACCCAAAUCCGGUGGUCGUGGAUGGGCCUUUUGGGCCAUUUUCGCCAGCUUGUCCGUCACAGCCCUCUUGAGCUCCAUGGAAGGCGGUAUUAUGUCUACGGCUCUACCUGCGAUUUCGCGUGCUGUAGAUGCCGAAAGGGACUACAUCUGGGUUGUGAACGUUUACUUUCUCACCAGCAUGGACAUCUCAGACAUUUGGGGCAGACGGUGGCCAAUGUUGGCUUCCGUGGUCAUCUUCGCCGCAGGAUCGGCUGUCUGUGGUGCCGCCAACAACGCGGCGACACUCAUUGGUGGGCGAGCGGUACAAGGACUCGGUGCCGCUGGCAUCAACACUCUCGUGGAGAUCAUCCUUUGCGACCUCUUACCCCUGAGAGAGCGCGGACAAUUCAUGGGACUCCUCUUCCUAUUCAUUGUCAUUGGCUCUGUGCUGGGACCCUUCCUUGGCGGCAUCAUCGUCCAACGGACAUCCUGGCGAUGGGUCUUCUAUCUGAACUUGCCAAUUUGCGGAGUCUGCCUCGCCCUCCUCUUCUUUUCCCUGAACCUCAAGCACCGCAGCGACGAAGAUUCGACACCACUGGAAAAGCUAAAGAGGAUUGACGUUGUCGGUCUCCUUCUUCUGUGCGCAUCCGUUACGUCACUUCUAUAUGGUCUUACGUACGGCGGCGGAUCAAAGUACGCGUGGUCCCACCCAGUCAUUAUAAUCACACUGGUGCUGGGUGUCAUCGGUCACGGCUUAUUUAUCGGCUUCGAGGCAUCGCCUUGGUGUCCUCAUCCAGCUUUGCCGAUAUCACUGUUCCAGAAUAGAACGUCUGUGGCCGCCUACGUGGCCGAAGCCGUGCAGAUCCUGGUAUCAUACGGCGCUCUUUACUUCCUCCCGCUCUACUUCCAGUCAACGCUUCUGGUGUAUCCCGAAAGAUCCGGAAUUCUGCUCCUACCGUUCUCGAUCUUGUUUUGCAUAUCUGCUGCUGUCGGUGGUGCUCUAGUCACCAAUAUGGGCAAAUUCCGUAUGGUACAUAUCGGCAGCUUUGCACUGAUGACGGUCAUGAUGGGCGUUUUCACCUUGCUCAACCGUAACACCCACCUCGCUGUAAUAGCAAUCACGGGGAUUAUCACGGGUAUCAGCGUCGGCCUUCCCAACGCCUCCAUCUUGACCGCGGUUCAAGCCGCGCUGCCAGACUCGCUCAACGCGGCCAGCACCAGCGCAUUCGCCUUCAUCAGAAGUAUAUCAACUGUCUUCGCUAUCACAAUCCCGGCUGCCAUCUUCAACAGUCGAUUUGACGAACUGCUCUCGUCGUCCACCCUGGACAGCAAUGCGAGGACAAGCUUGGGCCUUGGCCAGGCAUACCAGCAGGCGUCACGAGAUUUUGUUCGUUCCUUCCCUGACGUGGUGCAGAACGAAAUCAUCGGCCUGUACGAGGUGAGCCUACAACGCGUCUGGCAGGUGCUCAUCGCGAUCGCGGGUCUUGGGGUUAUUGCGUCUUUGAUAGAGAAAGACCUGGAGUGUCGCACUGAACAAACAACAGAGGAAUUUGGUCUGAAAGAGGAAAAGCCGGGCCAGACAUCUUCCAAUGGUGAGGUAUAG